CAAGGAAAGGAGGGGUUUCCAUGGUGACCGCAAACAAGGCUCCACCUGGAGGGGCCGCUACGGAGUUGCUACCCUUACAGCCACCAUGAUACCCCCCGCAGAUUCUCUGCUUAAAUAUGACACCCCGGUGUUGGUGAGCCGGAACACAGAAAAACGGAGCCCCAAGGCUCGGGCACUGAAAGUCAGCCCCCAGCAGCCUGGACCCUCUGGUCUAGUCCCACAGCCACCCAAGGCCAAGCUGCCCUCAACUUCCUGUGUCCCAGAUCCUACCAAACAGGCAGAAGAAAUCUUGAAUGCCAUCCUGCCUCCAAGGGAGUGGGUGGAGGACACACAGCUAUGGAUCCAGCAGGUGUCCAGCACACCCAGCACCAGAAUGGAUGUGGUGCAUCUGCAGGAGCAGCUGGACUUGAAGCUGCAGCAGAGGCAGGCCAGAGAGACGGGCAUCUGCCCUGUGCGCCGGGAACUCUACUCUCAGUGUUUUGAUGAACUGAUCCGGGAGGUCACCAUCAACUGUGCAGAGAGAGGGCUGCUGUUGCUCCGAGUCCGGGAUGAGAUCCGCAUGACCAUCGCUGCCUACCAGACUCUGUAUGAGAGCAGUGUGGCAUUUGGCAUGAGGAAGGCACUGCAGGCAGAACAGGGGAAGUCAGACAUGGAGAGGAAAAUUGCAGACUUGGAGACAGAAAAGAGGGAUCUGGAGAGGCAAGUGAAUGAACAGAAGGCAAAAUGUGAGGCCACCGAGAAGCGGGAGAGCGAGAGGCGACAGGUAGAAGAGAAGAAGCACAAUGAGGAGAUCCAGUUCCUGAAACGGACCAAUCAGCAGCUGAAGGCCCAACUGGAAGGCAUUAUUGCACCGAAGAAGUGAUUUCCAUAUGGGCCUCAGCAAGAACCAUGCACGUUCAUAAGCCCACUGUAAUAAAAAAGCCAGUUUCCUGAGUGAACAGCUAUACCCUCCCCAUCACCACUCUAUGCUUAAAGUCCCAGCAUCACAAGAGCAUCCGCACCCCAGGUCCUCCCCACAUUUAUUCACCCUAUGCAGGAUAUCAAAGCCUGACUCCACACUCUCAUGAAUGAACAGCUGAGGAGGAAGCUACAUCUCACACAUAGUUCUAGUCAGCCUAUGGCCUGAAGACAGUUUGGUAGAUCCAGAAGACUUAACUUAUAGACCAAUCUCCAUUCAAGGAAGCCCAGGGAGGACACCCAUCAUCUAGUCAAGUGUCAGAAGUACUGUUCUUAAAGUGGUACUAACACUUCCUUCCAAUUGGUGGGAGUACCUCAAGUACCCCUGAAGGGGUGCCAGAAAGGACUUCCUCCUUGGCAGCUCUGACCCCAUCCCCGUCAAGGCUUACCCCAAGGCCUAUGAGCCCCACAAGAACCAUUCAGAGUUGAAUAUAUCCCAAUACUCUGACUUCAACUAGAAGUCACAUCU